UCAAUCUCAGAAACAUUCAGCUCUGUGUCUGUGAAGAGUGAUCAUUCAAUAGGUGGUGUACCAGACUUAAGUAUGGAAACAACAUCCUCUGCAGAAAGAGAAAGAUCAGGCUCACAUGUAUCCAGCUUUGUGUCCAUGAAGAGUGACCAUUCAAAAGAUGGUGGAACACCAAAAUUCAGUGAGAAAACAACAUCUACGAAAAGUAACAAAGGACAUAAGACCACAGUAAAUAUUGGUUCAGAAAUUACACGGUGGGAAGCUCUAAAAGCACAGAAGGGAAUGAGAAGUGAUGUGGAACUGGCAACUUUUCUUCUCAACAAAAUUCAACAUGAGCAAUCAGACUUCCAGAAUUAUCGCUUCAACAUAGAAAAUCUUGUCUGGAUCUUCAAGGAUCUUGAGGACAAAAUUAUUAUAUUUCUGAAGAAUGAACUGACAAGGUUGAAGAAAAUAUUAAAAAAAGAGAACACACAAUACUUUGUGCAGGAUUUUAUAAAGGACACAUGUGAAAUCAAAGAAGCAGCUUUUGAUAUCGUACUUUAUUUUCUAAAAAGAAUGAAGCAAGAUGAGAUUGCAGACACUUUAAAAGAGCUGAUCUUCAUUCAUCAACAACAACUUAAAUCGAACCUGAAGCAAAAGUAUCAAUGUGUGUUUGAAGGAAUUGCAAAGCAAGGUGAUUGUACACUUCUGAAUAAAAUCUACACUGAUCAUUAUAUUACUCAGGGUUGUAGUGAGCAGGUUAAUACUGAGCAUGAGGUAAGACAGAUUGAAGUUGCUUCCAGGCAACAUGAAUCACAGGAGAUACAGGUUGAAUGCAAUAAUUUGUUUGAAGCAACCGAACAAAACAAGAUGAUCAAAACUGUACUAACAAAAGGAGUUGCUGGUAUUGGAAAAUCCAUCUCUGUGCAAAAGUUUGUUCUGGAUUGGGCUGAAGGAAAAGAAAAUCAAGACAUCAGCUUCAUAUUUCCUCUUCCUUUCCGAGAGAUGAAUUUCAAGGAGAAAGAAAAACUUAGUUUGAUGAGCCUGAUAAGUCAGUUUUUCCCAGAGGCAAAAGAACUGAACCUUACGAAAAAUGAUAAAUUUAAAGUCUUAUUCAUUCUUGAUGGACUGGAUGAAUGUCGUCUUCCUCUAAACUUUGAGGGUAAUGGGACGUGUCGUGAUGUAUCAUCACCAGCUUCUCUAGAUGUUCUCCUUACGAACCUCAUCAAGGGAAAUCUGCUUCCUUCUGCUCUCAUCUGGAUCACCACCAGACCAGCAGCUGCCAGUAAGAUUCCUCCUGACUGUAUUGACCGGCUGACAGAGAUACGAGGAUUCAAUGAUGCACAAAAGGAGGAGUACUUCAAAAAAAGGUUCAUGGAUGAGAAUCAGGCCAAAGAAAUCAUUGAUCAUGUUAAACAAUCAAAGAGUCUCUUUAUCAUGUGCCACAUCCCAGUCUUCUGCUGGAUUUCAGCCACUGUUCUCCAGAAUAUUUUAGAGGAGAAAAGAAACAAUGAUCUGAAAAACAAUCAAGCUGAUAACGCCUCCAAAACACUGCAGAGAUCAAAUACUGAAGACACUCCCAAGACUCUGACACAAAUGUACACACACUUUCUCCACUUUCAGAUACUGCAGAGUAGACGAAAGUAUGAUGGAAAAUACACUGCAGAUGUUUCAUGGGAUAAAGAUGCCAUUCUUUCACUGGGGAAACUGGCAUUUGAUCAGCUGAAAAGAAACAAUGUGAUCUUCUAUGACACAGAUCUGGAAGCCUGUGGUAUUGAUGUCUAUAAGGCAUCCGUGUAUUCAGGCAUGUGUACAGAGAUCUUUAAGGUGGAAAAAGGCAUAGCUCUUGGUACCAUGUACUGCUUUGUUCACAUGAGCAUUCAAGAGUUUAUUGCAGCCCUUUAUGCACAUAUUUUUCUAGACCUCAACAAGAAAAAUGCAUUUUCUACAGAACAGGAAAACAAAAAUGAAACUCUGUUUGAUUUGCUCAAGACUGCAGUGGACAAGGCACUCGAGAGUGACACUGGACACUUGGACCUUUUCCUUCGCUUCCUCCUUGGUCUGUCAAUUGCAUCUAAAAAAACACUCUUAAGAGGUCUGUUGACACAGCAAAAUGGUGAUGAACAAAGCAAAAUGGAAAUAGUUCAGUACAUCAAGCAGAAAUUAGAUGAUAGUUUGUCUCCAGAGAGAUCCAUCAAUCUGUUCUACUGUCUGAAUGAACUGAAUGAUCAAACUCUGGUGAAAGAGAUUCAGAUCCACCUUAACAAAGGAAGUCUCUCAUCUGCUGACCUUUCUCCUGCCCAGUGGUCUGCUUUGGCCUUUGUGUUGUUGACAUCAAAUGAGGAGAUGGAGGAGUUUGAGCUUCAGAAAUUCAAGAAAUCAGACGAGUGUCUGAUUCGACUAUCACCAGUCAUAAAAACUUCCAGAAAAGCUAAAUUAAAUAAUUGUAAUUUAACAGACAGAAGCUGUUUAGCUCUGGCCACAGUUCUUGGAUCAGAUUCUAAUCUGAAAGAUCUGAACAUGAACAAUAAUAAUCUGCAGGAUUCAGGAUUAAUUAAUCUCUGUUCUGGACUUAAGAGUGUAAAGUGUGAAUUGGAGAUACUAAGUCUCAGAAAUUGCGAUCUAACAGAGGAAAGCUGUUCAACUAUUGCUUCAGUUCUCAGUUCAGACUCGAGCAGUCUGAAAGAUCUUGACCUGAGCAAUAAUAAAUUACAGGAUUCAGGAGUGAUGCUGCUCUCUGAUGGACUGAAGGAGAACUGUAAACUGGAGAAACUCAGGUGA